AUGUCUCAAGCCGCCGCACGCAUCCUCAACGGCGGUGUACGUUUGCCACCGUUGCCCACCAUUCGGGAGUUAGUUAAACUCUACAAGCUGCAGGCCAUGAAGCAGCUCAGCCAGAACUUUCUCAUGGAUGAGCGAUUGACGGACAAGAUUGUCAAAUCUGCUGGCCGCAUUGAUCCGCGUGAUAUUGUUCUCGAAGUGGGUCCCGGUCCAGGCGGCAUCACACGCUCCAUUCUUCGCCGGCAGCCACAACGCCUGAUGCUGGUCGAGAAGGAUGAACGCUUCACGGGCACGCUGCAGCUGCUUAAGGAGUGUGCGCGCCCACUCGACUUGCAAAUGGAUAUUUACUACGAAGACAUCUUACGCUUUAACAUCGAACAACAUGUGCCAGACACCGAGCAGCGUAUCCAUUUGAUUGGAAACCUCCCGUUUGCAAUUUCGACUCGCCUGCUCAUCAAUUGGUAUGCCGAUGUGGCAGCCAGACGUGGCGCCUUUCGACGCAACGACACUUGCAUGACGCUCACCUUCCAGAAGGAGGUGGCCGAGCGUAUUUGCGCCGAUCUGGGCAGCGAGCAGCGUUCACGGCUUUCCAUCAUGUCACAAAUUUGGACGGAACCGGUGCUCAAGUUCAUUAUACCGGGCAAGGCGUUUGUACCCAAGCCACAAGUUGAUGUAGGUGUUGUCAAGCUCAUCCCGCUCAAGCAGCCCAAGACAGAGUUGCCGUUUGCGUUGGUGGAGCGCGUAGUGCGCCACAUUUUUAGCAUGCGCCAGAAAUAUUGUCGGCGUGGGUUCAGCACCUUGUUCCCGCCCGAGAUGCGUGAGGAAACCACUAACAAACUCUUUGAACAAGCCGAUGUAGUGGAUACGCUGCGUCCCUUCGAGUUGUCUGUUGUCGAGUGUUUGCGUUUGGCUGAAGUCUAUGCUGAACAUCUGGAGACGCAUCCCGAGGUGGCCACUUAUGACUAUCGUGGGCCAAAGCAGCCGCCCAAGUGCCUGGACUGAGUGGAACGAUUUCAUUGAUUUGUUUUUCCUUUCUAUUUAAUUGUAUAAAGUGUAAUACAUAAGUAGUUGAAAAAAAUUGUAAACCAACCCGUUGAUGGGAGUUGUGUGUAAA